AUGUCCGCCAAAUUCGCUCCCGCGAAGCGGGUGGCGAACCAGAAACAGGAUGUGUGGUCCAUCAUCAACGAGGCUGCUGCGGCUUCUCCAGUGCAGCCGAUCGUGAACAUGGGGCAAGGGUUUUUCGGAUACAACCCUCCUCAGUUCAUCAUCGACGCUGCAAAGGGUGCGCUCGACCGUGUGGAAUGCAAUCAGUACUCGCCCACCAAGGGCAGACCGAGGUUGAAGAAGGCCAUUGCCGACGCAUAUACUCCGUUCUUUGGGAGGAAGCUGGACCCGGAGACUGAAGUAACUAUCACGACGGGCGCCAAUGAAGGUAUGCUAAGCGCAUUCAUGGGCUUCAUCGAACCGGGCGACGAGGUGAUUGUGUUCGAGCCUUUCUUCGACCAAUACCUCAGCAACAUCGAAAUGCCCGGUGGAACCAUCCGAUACGUACCCAUGCACCCUCCGGCCGAUGGCGCGGAGAGAACCUCCUCGGCGGCCAAUUGGAGCAUCGACUGGGACAUAUUGGAGAAGUCGUUCAACGACAAGACCAAAAUGAUUGUGCUCAACUCGCCGCACAACCCGGUGGGCAAGGUAUUCAGCAAAGAAGAACUGACGCGGAUAGGGGAUUUAUGUCUCAAAUAUAAAGUCCUUAUUCUGUCGGACGAGGUCUACGACCGAUUAUACUAUGUCCCAUUCACGCGCAUAGCCACGCUGUCGCCGCAACUCGCCAAUAUCACUCUGACCGUGGGGUCGGCGGGUAAGAACUUCUACGCGACUGGUUGGCGGGUCGGGUACUUGAUCGGUCCGCCGCAUCUGAUCAAAUAUGUGGCCGCUGCCCAUACCCGGAUAUGCUACUCCAGUGUGUCGCCGCUGCAGGAAGCGGCUGCCAUAGGCUUCGAACAGGCCGACCAGGUUGGAUUCUGGGAUCAAGCUGUCAGAGAAAUGAAGGGCAAAAUGGAUCGAUUUUGUCAGGUUUUUGAUGAACUCAAUAUCCCUUAUUCCAUCCCCGAAGGUGGUUAUUUUGUUCUUGCGAAUUUGUCGAAAGUCAAGUUGCCUGAUGGCUAUGAUUUUCCUGAACAUGUCAAGGACCGUCCGCGGGAUUUCAAAAUGGCUUGGUUCUUGAUUGUUGAGCUCGGCGUCGCGGCUAUCCCGCCGACGGAGUUCUACACGGACGAGCGCGCUCACAUGGCCGAGGAUUGGUUGCGGUUUGCGGUGUGUAAGAAUGAUGAUGUGUUGGAGGAUGCAAAGACUAGGCUGAGGGGGUUGAAGAAGUACAUGGUCUAG